GAGGGAAGAUUGGGAUCGAGCGCUGAUCGAGGCUAAGAAGCACCGAGGGACCGGGACUCAGCCGUUCCCGCUCGCCGUUGCAGCUGCUCCUGCCUCUGUCCCCGGAGGCAGUUCACCUGAGGCCAGUCUCCGAGGUCUGACAGCGGCCACUCCCACAACCUCCGCCAUGGGUUUGGAGCUCUACCUGGACCUGAUGUCCCAGCCCUGCCGUGCAGUUUACAUCUUCGCCAAGAAGAAUGGCAUCCCCUUCCAGAUGCGUACCAUAGAGCUGCUUAAAGGUCAGCAGUACACGGAUUCCUUCGCUCAGGUGAACCCUUUGAGGAAGGUGCCGGCUUUGAAGGACGGGGACUUCCUCUUGGCAGAGAGUGUGGCCAUCUUGCUGUAUCUGAGUAGGAAGUACAAGGCCCCUGACCACUGGUACCCGCAGGACCUGCAGACUCGAGCUCGUGUGGACGAGUACCUGGCUUGGCAGCACACGGCCCUGCGGAGUUGUUGCACCAGGGCCAUGUGGCAGAAGAUGAUGUUCCCUGUGUUCCUGGGACAGCCCGUACCUCCUGAGAUGUUGGCAUCCACCUUGGCUGAACUGGAUGGGUGCCUGCAGAUGCUGGAGGACAAGUUCCUGCAGGAUCAGGCCUUCCUUACAGGAUCCCAUAUCUCCAUGGCUGACCUGGUGGCCAUCACAGAGCUGAUGCAUCCUGUCAGUGCUGGCUGCAAAGUGUUCGAGAGCCGACCCAAACUGGCUGCGUGGCGUCAGCGGGUGGAAGCCGAAGUGGGGGAGAGCCUCUUCCAGGAGGCCCAUGAAGUUGUCCUGAGAGCCAAGGAUAUGCCUCCCUUGAUGGACCCUACCUUGAAGGAGAAACUGAAGCUUUCGGUGCAGUGCUUGUUGCAUUGAGAGAAUAGCCUGACCUGGGAGACAGGCGGUCAAGGGAAACUCGGGGGAUGUGCGAGCGAAGAGAUGAGGCUGUCACUAGGACACAGAGUCUCUGGUCCACAGUUUCCUCUCCGAAUCACUGGCGUUCCCUCUGGGUCCCCACCUGGCUGGUGCUGUAACAUCAGCUCUUAUCUGACUUCAGGAGAGAGUUACAGGAAAAUACUUCGGAGAAAUUUUCCUGGCCAUAUCCCUUUUCUUUGAAACUUUACAAACCAUUGCUUGAACCUUCCCCCACUCUCCAAGCCAUACCUUUCUGGCUCCUUUUCUGCUUUCACAGUGACUUCCAAGCCCUUCAUAUAUGUAAAUAUAUAUGUAUAUAUAUACAUACACACAUAUAUACACACAUAUACAUAUAUAUACGUGUAUACACAUGUAUAGUAUAUGUGCAUGUGUGUAUAUGUAUAUGUGUGUAUACACACACGCACAUAUAUAUUUGAUAUCUGGCACCACGUGACCCUCUGUGCUCCUCAACCCUAGUGCCUCCUUUCUUCAGUUUUGGCAUGCAGGAUCUAUGAUCUCUCAGUUGAAUACAUGCGAGAGAUGGGGAUUGAUUAGUUGAAAGGCUUUUGUCCUCUGGGUCUUUGCUCCCUGCCAUAGAUAGGGUGCAGGGCUGGUUCAUGAUGAUCCUUUGCAGGAGUGGAAGUUUCCUGGUAUGCCCUGACUGCUGCCUUCGGCCUGUCUCUGGCUCCAAAUUGUCAAGCCUCUUAUUCUUGUGCCACAGGACGUCUUUUAUGUGCCUUACCUAAUAAAUAUAUUGUUAACAGAAA